AUGGGGGAGGAAUCUGACGUUUCCCAUCAUGUCGCCUCGGGAGAUGAAGGGAAUAACAAGACGGCUGCCGGUGGAGAGCUGCUUGCAUUAGAUACUACAUCUUCUGCCAAAUCAGUAGAUGAAGGUGUUGCCGUCUCUUCUGGGGCCGAAAGUGCUGGCACCAGCAACGGAACUACCACCGGCGACUCUGCCAGCACUUGCGAGAAGGAUCGCCAGACAAUACCUUGCAAAAAGAACUGUCUAAAAAAGGGCAACCAGUGCUUGAAGGUUGCGGCUGAGGUGGCCAGCACCAAUUCUUCAGACGUUUCGACGAGCAUUAUCACUUCUUCCCAGACGAGCAACUCGAACGACACAAAGCCCUCUUGCGAGAAAAACCAGGCAGAGGAUAAGAACUCCGGGGUUUCCCGCAUGUCGGAUGCAUCGUCCGAGAGCAAUGCCGCUACGGUCGAGACUAGCUCCGGGCCUGGAACAUCCCAUGAAACAGGUUCUUCUGUCGACGCUGUUGAUAGCUCGUCCAGGACUCAGGAGGCAGAUUCCAAGGCAAACAGCCAUGACGACACCGAGUGCAAUGACCAGUCCGAAUGGACCCUAUCUGAAGACCUCCGGCUCCGUGGCAUGAAGGAGUCAACAGACAAUCUUUCCUGGGCCGACAUCGGCAAGGCUCUCAAGCGUGGGAAAGCCGAGGUCAAAGCUCGUUGGAAGGCCAUCAAGGACCAACAACCUCAAGAAGAUGCCACCGAUACCGACGCUGACACAAAGGGCGACCUUGCGGCUGGCCAGAGUCCGGAUGACACGGCUGAAAAGGGCAAAGUUGCAACCCCGGCGAGAGAAGCAAUGUCAGAAGCCCCGACAAAACAAACCAUCAACCAACGUCGUCCCGAACAUCAGAAGGACCGCCACCGCAAUCACAAAGUGGCUCAGAAAAACAAGGGGACCAAGCAAUGUACUUGCAAGACACAAUUUAACGAGGACAAUCCGUCUGGCAGCGAAACAUCGUCUGAAUUACUCUGCACAACAGACGAACGCAGACGCCAGAAGAGAUAUCUUUACACUCAUGUCUACAAAACUCUCUACCCGGCGGAGGCUGAUGCCGGGCAGAACGAGCACCUGACCAAGCGGGAUCGUGCUGUGCUCGCAACCAUUGCGUGCAUGCACACAACGAACAAACUCUUGGAAAUGAAGGCAAACUUCAUGAAUGCCACAGGUGCAGAUGUGCCCAUUGCAGUUCUUCGUGACUGGUAUGAGGGAGAAUGGGCUGCAAAGGAGGAACAUCCCAACGCUGCACAACACGAGGAUUCGGUUGAGAGAGUUGAGAAGUGGAUUGACAGCGUCUCAAUGGGAGCAGAGGAUUAA